AUGGAAAAUCCCCAAGAAGAACACUGGGUUGCAGUUAAGCGUAUCUUUCGCUACCUACAAGGCACCAAGACGCAUGGAAUUUGCUACAAGCCAAGUGAAAGGAUCGACUUCCGUGGAUAUUCGGAUGCGGAUUGGGCUGGUGAUCUUACCGACCGCAAGUCAACAUCGGGGUACACGUUCAUGCUACUCGGUGCGCCAGUCAGUUGGGGCAGCAAGAAGCAGCCAAGUGUUUCGUUGUCCACGAGUGAAGCCGAAUACAUCGCACUCAGCUUGGCAAUUCAAGAGGGCAAGUGGAUUCAUCGUCUGCUUUGUGAGAUCGUGAUGGCUGCCAAUGAAGAAGGACCGGAACUCAUGAUCCAUGAAGACAAUCAGUCGUGUAUCAAGAUGACGAAGAACCCAGUCAACCACGGCCGUGCCAAGCACAUUGAUAUCAAGUACCAUCACAUCCGUGAUGAGGUCAAGCGCGGUGAAGUGAAGCUCAAGUACUGUGAAACUGCGGUGAUGUUAGCGGACAUCAUGACGAAGGGACUUCACGGGCCACGCCACAAGGAGAUGACGGCGACUCUCGGGAUUCGUGAGCAUUCGGAUUGA